UUCUCCUUCACUGACACCACUUUAUUAAUCCCUAUACACACACAUUUUCAUUUUCUUAGCUUUUGGGGUUUUGAGUUCCAGAACCCAUUUUUCCUUUCUCGAUCAUCUCUCUGUAGCUCCAUGAAAGGCAGAAGCUUUGAGCUUCAAAUCAGGAGGAAAAUCUCUCUUUAGAUAGAAAUUUUAGAAAGAGAGACAAGGAUAAAGGGAUAGAAAUAGAGAUAGAGAGAUGUAUCAGUUAUUAAUCAUGGUUUUGAUUGUUGAAGGAAUCAUGGCAUUUCUUCUAGUAGUAAAGAUCGGACCAUUCAGAGAUUUAGUAAUGAAAGUGAUAGACCAGUUAAAGACUGGUAAAGGACCAGAAAUCACUGUUAAGACUAUUGUAGGAGUUAUGUCUUUGAUACUUGCUUCUAGUGUUUACAACUUUCUUUGGAUCCAAAACAAAAAUGUCAAGCAUGGUACUCUCACACCAAUGGAUCAAGUUCUUGUUAGAACCCACCUUCUUGACUCCUCAUUGAUUGCAUUCUCCCUUUUCCUCUGGUUCAUUAUUUACCGGUUGCACCACUAUCUUACGAAAAUGUGUGGUCUAAAGACUAAAGCCCAGUUUUGCAAAGAGGAAGUGGAAAAGCUUCAACUGAAAAUCAAAGAGAAGGAAGAAAAAGCUUCAAAGGAAAGAAGACUGUUAAAUGAAGAAGUCUCCAAACUGAAAGAGAAUUUGAAAAAGAUGAAAUUAGAAUCUGAAGAAAAGGAUAAACGGGUACUUGCAGCAGAAUCUGAUGUUGCCGCCCUUCAGAAGCAAUCCAACGACCUGCUGCUCGAAUAUGACCGCCUUCUAGAGGACAAUCAAAUUCUUCAAAGCCAGAAUCUUGGAUACAGGUAGAAGUCAUAUCUGUGUGGGCAGGAAUUACUUUUUGCUGUUGUUAAGCAAGCAAAUCUCGUUGAUAUCAUCCAAAACUGAUCAUAGGUUCCACCAAUCUUCAGCGGCAUUUUAAGCAUAUCAAAGAAGAUUACAUUUAACUGAAUUCCUGUUAAAUUUUUUGUAACCUAUCUCUUAACUUAGAAAGCUUUGUCAAUGAUGUUCUUUUUUUGAAAAUCAUCUGCUUCUUGUUGUUGUUGUUGUAGUAUAAAAUUUUAUUGAAA